GCUGAUGCUAGAUGCAUAUCAGAAUAUAUUUUACGUGAGUACGUAAUAUAUUUAUCGAAUUUAAUUUAGAUAUUAACAGGUGUGUAAAUUUUUGUAAAAAAUAUAUUUGAACUGUCAUGAUAAUUUUAAUAAAAAAUCAAAUUUUUUUAUUUCUCUAUUUUUUUUUUAAGAUUUGUUAUAAAGUACAUCGAAGUUGAAUUUUAGUAAUCUAAAUGUUUAUUGUUUGGAAAUCUUUUUUUCAUGGUUUAUUGUUUGGACAUCUUAUAUCAUUUAUGUUGAAAAGCGUUUCCUAUUUUAUUUUUGUAAAAAUCUCAGAAUUUUGUUAUUUAACUUUGUAAAUUAAGUAGAGCGUCUCUUCGGAAGGACUCAGACCCGACUACCACUUGAUCUUAGAAGAUGGGCGUCGUAAAAAAAAAAACUUUGUAAAUUAAGUUGAAAAGCGUCUAUUUUAGCUUUUGCAAAAGUCUCGGAUAUCUGUUUUUCUCAAACUAUAUACUGUUUAAAAUAUUCAUAAUCUGAAGUACGAAAAAGGAGAAAUUAAAAUUGAUAAAAUAAAUUAAUAACUAAACGAUUAUAAAAUAGACAUUACCAAGGAAGAAAAAUAGUAGAUUUAUAAUAUUGUGGGGUUAAUUUGAUUUUCAGCAAAAACAUAAUAUGGUCAACAAGCUUAUUUUACAAUAUUUUAUCAGAUUUUUUUUUUUUUUAAAUACAAGCGAAAAUUUGUUUUCUAAAAAUUUAUAGAAGUCACUUGACCCCUCUCUCCUAAACCUAACUCCGUCUUGAAUUUACGUAAGACGAGAUUUCUAUAUUGCUAUAGGUAUUUUUCUCUGUGUGCCCUAAUAUUUUUUGUAUAUGCAAAUUGUAUUAAAAACGAUCUACACUUUCAAUUAAGGUAUUGAACUAUUUAACCUUACAAUCAAUUGUAAUUAUAUAUAUGUUAGAUUGUUAGAUCAUCUGCUUAGUCAUGGGGAGGAGGGCAUGAAGGUAAGAACAGAGAAGAACCAUAAGGUAAGAACAGAGAAGAAGUCUUUGAAAAGAAGACAAGAAAUAUAAUUAAGUGUUGGUGGUCUAGGAAUGGAGUGGUAUAUUGGAAAACAUUUCCUUGGAAUUGUCAUGAGAAUAUCCCUUUGGGGACAUCCUAUAAAUUUUCAUGAAAAUAUUUGACACUGAAAUAAAAAACAAUGAAAAAGAAAGAAGGAUGAGACGGGAUAAUUAGAUGAUUUUUUUAAAAAAAAAUCUCACGAGAAUUCUUUGACACAUUUUGUCAUUUAUAGAUUUGUUCAAUUUUUUAAAUUAAAAUUAAUUAAAAUUAUUAGCUAAAGAAAAUAAAUUAAAUAAUUAUAUUUUGUUGUCUUGAGAUACUUGUAGGAAAGUGAGAAAGAUUAGAUCGUUUUUUACUAUAGAGUUUUUUUCAAGUUAUAUAUUAGAUAUUUUCUUAAUUAAAUAAUAACUAUAUAUAUAUAUUCCCUAUAUAUUAAAGAAAAACAUUGUUAUUUAAUUUGUUCACACUAUGUUCGCCAUGUGGCCUCUCGAAUACACUAACGUGUCAUGUACAAAAAACUUCUUAACCAAAUUCUAUAUAAAUGUGUUCAUAAUAUAUAUUAUUUUACGUUUUUUUUGAUAUAAACUCACAUACAUGAUUUUAUGGGUUAUACAAAUGUUCUACAUAAAAAGAUAAUUUGCAACAAAUAUCACUAAUGAAUAUACCUAUUUUAUUUUUACUUAAUUUGUAUUUUAAGAAUUUUAUCUUUCAUGUGUUAUUUUGAACAAAAAUGUAUUUUAAUGUUAAUUAACGGUAUCUUUAUAUAUUUAUCAACUAUUUUUAUAUAUUUUUACAUACACAUACAUGUAGAUGUGAGCAAGAAUAGGAUAUUCGGGGUUUUAGAGAUAUUGUGAUCCGAUUUGUUUCGACCAAAUAAUCAAUUAUCCGAUUCGAUUCGAUUCGUAGCUAUCUAAAUAUUCGGUGCCCCGAAUAUCCGAAAAAUUUUAGAUGUUAACUGGUAUAUGAUUCGAUAAAAAUAAAUUAAAAAUCUAAAUAAUAUAAAAUAAUAAAAUUUUAUUACAAAAAUAAAAAAGCCUAUAUACUUUUUGAAUACUAAUAAGUAAUUUCAUAAAUUUAAUAAAUAAAAAUAUUGUAAGACUUAUAUAAAAUCUAAUAUUUAUAUAACCUUAUAUAUUUAAUUUAUUAAAUAUAUGUAUAUAUAUAUUCAUAUAACGGAUCAGAUCAGAUAUCCAUUUUAAAAAAUAUUAGUAUUUGUGAUUUGCUUCGUUUUUUUACGGAUAUUGCAUAUUAGUAUUUUCUUUGCUUCGUAGAGCUACGGAUAUCCAUAUUUUUUUGUUCGAAUCAAGAAGGAUAACAAGCGAUGAUUCUAAUUCUCUUGGAAGUUGGAGUAUUUUUUGUUGUUGUUUCCUUUCACUAUCGAUCAAAUUAUAAUGAAAUGAUUUAUCUUAAUAAUUUUUUUUUUCAAUUAUUUUCUAAAUUUGAUUUGAUUUUUCAUGCAUUUAUAAGUUCUAAUAUGAAACCAUUGGUUCGACAUCAGAAAUGUCUAAAAUUUAUAUAACAUGAAACCAAAAAAAUAAUAAUUAUUUUUGGUUAUCAUCAAAAAACCAAAAACCUCAAGUAUUUUAACCGAAUAAACAAAAUACAUAUUGAUUUAGAAUGGUAGUUAUAUUUUAGUAGAUUACGAUAACAGUAGAACAUGUUUUUAAUUUUAAAAUAACACACAGACAUAAAAUAACAAUCCAAUCAAAGAUAGAAAAAUACAUAUAUCCCUAAUAGUAAAUAGGUUAGAAAUAUAUUACUCACUAAAGAUAUUUUUACUACUAUAUAUUUUUGUCAUUUUCCUAUUGUGUAUUAUUUUUAUCAUACAAACUUUAUUUGAAUUGACUUUUAAGAACUAACUAUUAUUUAAUAUCUAACUGAAACAUUUUAACUGAUAACAAAAACACAUUGCCUAGUAUUAGUGGUCUUACCAUAUUAAAUAAAUAUUAAAUAUACAAAGUGCCAAGCACUGCCAAAAUAUCCACUGUCGACUUGUUUUUAAUAAUAAGAGUCAAACGGUUCUUUCUUUCUUUCUACGCAAGGAACGAUAAAAGGACUCAUCAGUUAUCAUCUAAUUUGUUGUUUUUUGGCUGAGUUCAGUCCAAUAGAACCUAAAAUGUUGAAUCUAAUUGUGUAAGAUAUAAAAUGUUAAAACUGAAAGAUGCAUGGUGAGAAUUGUUGAUAUUGAAAUCUUUUUGCUCCAUUAUCUGAUGAUGUAUUUGAAUAAGAAUUUAUUAAUUAUGAUAAUUAGCGGUAAAUCAACAAAUCACAAUGGAAAUAUCGGAUUUGAAAGUCCGCUUAAACCAAGAUUAAAGGGAAGUUGAUAAAUAAUUAGAAGUCCGCUCGAGUAACAAACUUUUUGCGGGUCCUAUAAAGUCCGCGAGUGUAACUAACUUCUUCACUCUCUUCACAAAGUCCCAGAGAGAGGGAGAGAGGUUCUCUUGGACGGCGAUUCGUUAACGGACUUCAUCCUCCUCCGCCUUCUUCAACUUCACUCUCCGCCGCGCUCGCUCACCGCUCCAGGCUCUUUCUCCGACUGUUCGCUCCGCGGCUUCGUUGUUUCUCACGUGAAGAAACUAACGGCAAAAUGUGUUCAUCAGGACCGGGAUCGCCUCUGGUUGCGAAAGAUGACGAGCUUCCUGAGAAUCCAAUCGGUAAAGAAGAAGAGUCAACCGAAGAGUCAAUCGAUGAACUCAACUCAACCGAAGAAAACGACUCGGGCGAUGAAGCUGCUAGUGCUGUGAAUCCUUUGUCCAGCGAUGCUGCUCAGAUACUCCCAUUGCUACAGAAUCUCCUACUCAACAAUGACAUCCAGAGGGAGAGGUUAACCGGAUUGUUUCAACUCUAUGCUCCAGCUGCUGACACAAACGCAAACGUGAAUACCGAAGCCCAGCAGACGGAAUGGGAGGCAGCUCUAUCUUCUCAGCUUCAGUUCUUGGAGCAGAGGUAUGUGCAGAUGCUUGAAGAGGAGCUUGAGAAUCAGAAGAAACUAAACGCUCAGCUAGAAGAACAGAUCAAGCGCUUGACGACGACGAGCAGUGAUCCAGAAAGGCAGGAUUGACUUUGCGCUCCAUCUUGAAGGAGGAGGCAUAUGCACCACUCUCUUUGCAUUCUUUUCUUUUUACUCUCUUAGAAAACGUUAUGGACUGAUAAAGCGCUGUAGUUGAUGAUCCAUUCUUUGAUUGAACAGUUUACAAGUUUACUCUAGUCAUAUAGAAUGACUCUCUCUUUUGUAUAUAAAUAAUACUGAAACUUUACUA